GAGUCAACUCAUUUGAAUGAACUCUCCGCCUCCACCAUUUAUAGUGGAGUGCUAAUGAAUAGUGAAGUGGCUGAGGAUGAUCGUUAACUGACUAGUAAAUGAUGGAACAUCAGCUGUGUCCUAACAGUUUGCUAUAAAACUAAAUGGACUUGGAGCCCAACUUUCAAAAAAGAAGAUCACCCUAACCACCCAUCAUGGUUGCUGCAGAGGCUAUGCCUGAUAAGGCAGAAUGUCCUGUAUUAGAGAUCACCAAGCAAGAUUUUUUUCAAGAAGCAAAAACUCUCUUUGCCCAACAUUGUGAGAAAAUAAAUGAGAAAAAAGUUCAAGGUACUUCUAUAAAUGUUUUUAAAAAUAAACAUCAAAAACCAAAAUCUGGCAAAUUCAUACCUUUGGAGAUUAAAGAAAAGGAAACACUUGAUGUGGUCCAAGAAUUUCGGACAGCACACAAAUGUAUUUGUUUUCCCAAACACCUGUUCAAAAGUGAACAUUUUAAGGAGCCCUCACAACGAACUUCUUUCAAGGAGCCAUACAUUUUUAGUGUAAAGGAAAAAUUCAAGGACUCUAUGGAUCUGAUUGCAAAGGAACAAGUUAAACUGGGUAAAAUAGUGACUAAUAUUGAAUCAGUGGGUAAAAAAAUGGAGAAAGAAAAGCAUCAGCACCAUGGGAAGUCCAGAUCGUUGAUCUCACCAUUUGCCACCCCCAUCAUCAACCUUGGCUUGCCCUUACAACCCAUGACCUCCUCGUCCAUGGGGCUUCUGAAAGAUUAUGACAAAACAUUCUCCGAUUGGAGAGGAAUCGUGCCAACAAAGUCUUCCCAUUUGACUCCUCAACCCAGCUGGCCUAGUUUGUAUGGGUCAUCAUCAGUGCUUCGGGAUUACUGUCCUAAAACCUUAAUGAAGAAAGAGCAACAGCCUAUCAAACCAAAGCCAAGACCAAAGCCAGGACUCAGGCUAAAGUCUAUUCUAAGUAAAAGUGGUAAACUUGACAAUAAAGUUAAAAGAAUUGGACCACACAUAGAAAUCUUCCAAGUGUUCCGGGAAAGGACCAAAUUUGUAAAUACCAAAAAAGUAGUUAGAAUGAUCAUCAUCAUACAGGCCUAUGUCAGAGGAUGGCUUGAACGCAAAAGAUUGCAGAGAAUAAUGAUCAAGGCUUUGUCUCAUGGACCAAAUUUGAGAGCAGUUAUAAACAUGUAUUGUAGACAGAUCCAUCGUGUUAAAUAUCGACUUGGUCUUUGGAGGACAAGACAAAUUAUAAACUUUGUAGAACUAGAGGAAUGGAUGGACAGAAAAAAGUUCUAUGAAACAAUGUUUGCUAAGAGAGAAGAUUGGCAAGGAUUAGAAAGAAGUGAGCUCCUCAAGUUCUUCAACGACUGUGGUCAUUUCCCAACCCAGCAGCAAAUUGAUGAGGUUUGGGACCUGGUCCAUAAAGAAGACCAUGAGAAAUAUUCUGAACUCAUCAAGAAGUUCAAUGCGAUUGAAAUGCUAUUUACACUCUACCCUCCUCAAGGUGCCCAUGUGCAUAAUAAUAUACGACUUAGGUCAACUUGGCUGAGACCGAUAGUAGAUGGUGAAGAAGGUUAUCGAUAUAUAGAUUUAGAGAAGUAUCAUCAGCAAGAACUGAGGAGUAGUUAA